AUGCCAGAGGCGAGAACGACGCGCGGCUCAGUCGAAGAUGUCUCGGCCGAACAAGACUUCAUGAAUCUUGGCCGCUGGCUCAUGGAGAACACGAGCGAUAAAGAGGCGCGCCGAGCCGCAUGCCUGACGGUGCUCAUGGCGCAGCUCGGCCUGGCGUGCAAGGCCACCUCGCGCGCGUGCGCCAAGGCGGGCAUCGCGGGCCUCUUUGGCCUGGCGGGCGAG